CAAGCAGUCAAAUUUCAUUUUCUAUUUUUUGCAAUUUUACUUUUUGUAUUAACUUGUUUAGUUACAAUAACUGUUAGUCUUCUUACUCGACCAAUACCUGAACAAUGUUUACAUGGUUUGAAUGUAUUUGAUUUGAAUAAUCUACUUAAACCAACACCAAUACCAACUAAACCAGGUCGAUGGCAUAAAGCAGAUACAGCAUUUGAAGAUAAGAAUAUUCAACCAAAAUCACCUAUUUAUUCAAUAUCACAUGUUGAGUCCACUGCUAGUAUACAAAAAUUCGAUCUAUUUUAUUCGGAUCGUUCAAAGAAAAAUUUUGCUUAUUAUUUAAAACUUGCUGUAUCAUGGAUAUGUGGUGUUGAACAUCAAGGUGAAGAUGAUGAUGAAGCAGCAGUUGUGCCAGCAUUGCCGCCAUUAGCAUCUGAAAAUGAAUUCUGGAAAUCCAUUUGUAAUAUAAAUGGUGGCUUGAUUAUAGCUUUUUGUGUGUUUGUUUGGGCAUUCUUUACUGAUUAUCGUAUUGAUAAAAUGUAUAAAAGUACUUAA